CCCGCGAGUUUCCAGUCGGCGGACAGAACCAACUUCCGGCUGCUUCGGAAGUUGUGGAGUCGUUUCCGGGGCGGUCGGAGGAGUAGGACUCCGAUGGGUCGAAGCCGUAGCCGCUCCCCACGAAGGGAACGUAGGCGGUCCCGGUCUACAUCCCGGGAUCGGGAAAGAAGGCGCCGAGAAAGGUCCCGGUCCAGGGAGAGAGAUCGCAGAAGGAGCCGCUCAAGAUCCCCACACCGAAGACGCUCCAGGUCUCCAAGACGACAUAGAUCCACAUCUCCCUCUCCUUCUCGCCUGAAAGAAAGAAGAGAUGAGGAAAAGAAAGAAACUAAAGAAAUAAAGAGCAAAGAACGUCAGAUUACUGAGGAGGAUUUGGAGGGUAAAACAGAGGAAGAAAUAGAAAUGAUGAAAUUAAUGGGAUUUGCCUCUUUUGACUCCACAAAAGGGAAGAAGGUAGAUGGCUCUGUAAAUGCCUAUGCCAUAAACGUGUCUCAGAAGAGGAAAUACAGGCAGUACAUGAAUCGAAAAGGCGGAUUCAACAGACCUCUGGAUUUUAUUGCAUGAGACUUGAAGUGUUGGAAGGAGGAUUUUCCCCUUCAUCUGGGUCAGAGAUUAUUUUAUAUUUUGUAUUUAAUACACAUCAAAACAGGAUCUUGGUUCUUCCUUCUUAUAAAGUAAGAAAGUCUAAUUUGUGACACCCAGUUUACUUACUUUCUUUGGGAGGUAGGUAAAAACUUCUCAAGGCAGUGUCCCUGGGGUGGCCACCAGUCCACUUAUCUGUCCUUGUUCCUUAGAACCUGGGUAUGCUUUUCCGUGGAUGUUUGCUAGAUGUUCUUAAAAAUGGAAAGUAACUUACAUGCUUUUCCCCAAUAAAACUAUUUCUACCCAUUUUAUAUUUAUUUGACAAAUAUCUUUAUUACUAGAUUAAAGGUUCUCCCUAGACAUUUUCUUUUUCUACACAUAGACUUGUUUUGUCUUGAGAUAAGGCCUUGUUAUAUAGUCCAGGCUAGCCUUGAAAUUGGGACAGUCCUGCCUCUUUCUCCUUGUUGCUGGGAUUAAAAUAUGUCACCAUGCCAGCUUAGAUUUAGAUCUCUUGAUCCUUGGUAGUUUAAAAACUGAAAGAAAAGAUAUAGCUUUGAUUUUGGGAUAUUCUUUAUUUCUCCCUAAAGUAUCAUUUACUAUGUUCCCUGAGUAACAAGAGCCACACGUUUGCUGUAAAAGUACUUACUCCUCUGUAAUCUACACCAGAAACAUUUUGUGUGUGUCUUUUCAAGCUCUCAUGAAAGUAUAUUUCUCAUCCCCACCAUGAAAGAAUAAGUAAAAUGUGUAUACAGCCCUUCUCUAA